AUGGGCGUACAUGGCCACAUAGCAGGAGGUGGCAGCAAAGCUUCAUCUGUAUUUACAGCCACUCUCCAUUGCUUGCAUCACUGUCUGAUCUCUGCCUACUGUCAGAGCAGUAGUGGCAUUAGAUUCCUCAAAGGAGCACAGAUCCUACCUAAGAAGAUCACCAUUAACAAGGACACCAAGGUACCCAAUGCCUGUUUGUUCACUAUCAACAAAGAAGACCACACACUAGGAAACAUCAUUAAAUCACAGCUGCUGAAGGACCCACAGGUGCUCUUUGCUGGCUACAAAGUCCCCCACCCCUUGGAGCACAAGAUCAUCAUCCGCGUGCAGACCACACCGGACCACAGCCCUCAGGAGGCCUUCACCAAUGCCAUCACCGACCUCAUCAGCGAGCUGUCUCUGCUGGAAGAGCGGUUCCGGGUGGCCAUUAAAGACAAGCAAGAAGGAAUUGAGUAGUGGGCUACAAAGAUCUUUGCUUGGCCUGUAAGCCCAGUUCCUACAUGCAUCAAGCCCUUUUCUCCAGGUGCAGAGGAGAGUGGC